AUGGCUGAGACUCCUGGGUCCUCGGGAGCCUCAGAUUCUCACGAGUUCCGGCGGCGUGCGUGUCAGUUCUGCAAGGUCUUCGGCAAGUUGCAAGACUUGGUCUACGGCCCUGGAUCUGACGACACACUGCGGGAACGAGCGCUGGGGCCUUUGAGCAGUUGCUACAUCGGGAUCCUUGAGGCCUCGCACCAACUCAGAUAUCCUGAACUGAGCACUCCUGGAUCAGCGGGAGCUGGAACCCGGCAGCUCCUACAUCACCCAAGGCGAGGGGGUGCCACGUUCUGGUUUGGAAAGCGCGGAAACUUUGACAAACUUUUGAUUGCAGGUUGGCAAGACAUGUCAGCUCCAAGGCAAGUGCAGAUGGACUCCAUUGACGAGACCAAGGUCGUUGUGCACAGUGCUUGCUGCUGCUGCUAUGAUGGCUGCAUUCCCGAGUUCAACAACAUCGGCUGCGCAGCACAGGAGACAUUGCUUUGCUUGGAGGCUGAUGUUUGCUGCAAGACAAAUACACCAUGCUUGUGCUGCGGAUGCUGUGCGAUUAGGCAAGUGCAGAUGGACUCCAUUGACGAGACCAAGGUCGUUGUGCACAGUGCUUGCUGCUGCUGCUAUGAUGGCUGCAUUCCCGAGUUCAACAACAUCGGCUGCGCAGCACAGGAGACAUUGCUUUGCUUGGAGGCUGAUGUUUGCUGCAAGACAAAUACACCAUGCUUGUGCUGCGGAUGCUGUGCGAUUAG